AUGAGUGUUUACUAAAGCCAAAAAUUUGCUAAUCUGAAUAAGAUUUUAUUUAAGAACCUUAUACAGAAUAAUAGUGCGUAAAAAGCUGCCCAAGUUCUUACUAUCCAAAUUAAAAGACAUAGAUAUGCGAAAAAAUAAGCUAAUGUAUACAAAUUAACGACAGUCCUCCUCUACUCGAUGAAAAAGUUCUCGAAUUAAGCCCACUUUAACAAGAUUACUACCUAAUUAGAGCAAGUUCAUGCUAAUUUGCUCUAGUGGAUUCAAAUUUUUAAAUAAUUUACAUCGAAAUAUUUUAAGAUAUGCCAGACUUUUAGCUUAAAUAUAUGCCUAAUGGAUAGGAAAUCUAAAAAAAGAGUUUUAUUCUGGAAGAAUACGGAGGCUGCUUAGCUAACAAUUCUAUAAAAGUAAUGA